AUGCGACCGCUGUUCCCGCAGCUGGGCUACCAGUACAUCAGGCCGCUGUACCCCGCCGAGCGCCCGGGCAGCGGCGGCUCCCGAGGCGGCGCGGAGCUGGCCCCGUCCGGGACCCUUUCCAACGUGCUCUCCUCCAUGUACGGUGCGCCCUACGCCGCCGCCGCCGCCGCUCAGGGCUACGGAGCCUUCCUGCCCUACGCCGCCGAACUGCCCAUCUUCCCGCAGCUGGGCGCGCAGUACGAGCUGAAGGAGAGCCCCGGGGUGCAGCACGCCGCUUUCCCGCACCACCACCCCGCUUUCUACCCCUACGGGCAGUACCAGUUCGGGGACCCGUCGCGGCCCAAGAACGCCACCCGGGAGAGCACCAGCACGCUGAAGGCCUGGCUGCAGGAGCACCGCAAGAACCCCUACCCCACCAAGGGCGAGAAGAUCAUGUUGGCCAUCAUCACCAAGAUGACCCUCACCCAGGUCUCCACCUGGUUCGCCAACGCGCGGCGGCGGCUCAAGAAGGAGAACAAGAUGACCUGGGCCCCCCGCAGCAGGACGGACGAGGAGGGCAACUCCUACGGCAGCGACCACGAGGGGGAAGAGGACAAGAGGGAGGACGAGGAGGAGAUCGACCUGGAGAACAUCGACACCGAGAACAUCGAGAGCGCCAAGGACGAGCUGGAGGACGAGCUGCAGGACGCGGACCUGCUGCACUCCGACUCCAAGACGGACUCGGAGGGCUCCGAGGGCUUCGAGGACCUGCCCGGCUCCGAGGAGCGCUACCUCGGCCCGGCCACCGCAGCCGCCGCGGAUCCGCUCCGCCUCCGCCACCACCACCUCCGUCACCACCGCCACCACCGUCGCCCGCCCUGCGAGCUGCCCUCCGCCGGCCCCGAGCCUCCGCCGCCCGCUCCUCCGCCUCCGCCGCCGCCGCACCUCUCGCCCCCCUCCUCCGCCUCCUCUUCGGCCGCCUCCUCCCCGACGGACGCCGCUUCGGCCGGCACCGUGCCGAAGCCCAAGAUCUGGUCGCUGGCCGAAACGGCCACCAGCCCGGACAACCCCCGCAAGUCUCCCGGCUCCCCGCCGGCGGCCGCCCCCCAGCCGCUUCCUCUGCCCCCCCCGCCGCCCCACAGACUCGUCUCCUCCUGCCCGCUGGGCAAGUUCCCCAACUGGACCAACCGCGCCUUCCCGGCCGCCUCCCCGCACCACCACGCGGCCCCGCACCCGCUGGCCUUACUGAACACUCCGCACCUGCUGGGGCUGGGGGCCGCCCCCGCCGCCGCCGCCGCCGCCGCCUUCCCUCGGCCCGCGGAGCAGGCGCCGAGCGCGGAGCCCCCCGGAGCAGGAGCAGAUCGAUCUAGUGCCUUGGAAGUAGAGAAAAAGUUAAUAAAGACAGCUUUCCAGCCAGUGCAGAGGCGGCCCCAGAACCAGCUCGAUGCCGCCAUGGUUCUAUCGGCGCUGUCAUCGUCUUAGUUCUUUUUUUUUUUCUUUUUUUUUUUUUUUUUAAAUCGUUGUUGUAAUGAUUGUAAAAAGAAAAUCUCUGUAUAGUUACGACGUUACGCAUGUCCGUAUGGGGAAACUAAAAAGGAAAAUGAAAAAAAAAACACAAAAAACAAACAAAACCGAAUAAUAAUAAUAAUAAUAAUACAGCCCCGCUUCUGUGCUCCCCCGGGUACCGGGCCGUGCGGUUGGUUGGUGGAAGUCCCGUGAGCGUCCGUUCGGUGUCUCGGUCUUUCUUUUUUUAUUUUUUUCCCGGUUGUUUGUUUGGUUUUGUACAUACCGUCAAACCUGUACAUAAGUGUGAACCAAAUUGUACGAGAAAGUAUCUAUUUUUGGCUAAUAAAGACACGGUUGCCACUUUUUGCCUACA